AUGUCACCUCGGACCAAGGCAUGGAUAAAGGAAAUUUUUUUGAUUCCGUUAUUGCAAUACGAGGCAAGAGUUGCAGAACUAAAAGUUUGUGUUCAAAAUCUCAAGAAGGCGAGAGAUGUAGUUCAACAUAAAGUUAAGGAGGAAGAAAACCGAUAUGGAAGAAGAUUUGCAGAUGUAGUUAAAGAAUGGAUAGAAGGGGUGGAGAAAAUAAUUUCUGAUUAUGAAGAUUUUGAUGGGGACGAAUGCAAUAAACAUGCAGUGUUUGACUUCUCUACAAGUGGUUUCCUUCCUAAGCCCGGGAUAAGGUAUCAUCUUAGCAAAAAAGCAUUUAAUAUUACAAGGAAGGUUAAUGAACUAGAGCAAAAAGCAAAGCAUGAUGCAGUUUCUUAUUGGCUUGGUCCACCCUCCAUGGUUGCCUUUUUUACUAAUGUUGGUUAUGAAAGCUUUCCCUCAAGAGAUGAAACUGUGAACAAGAUUAAGGCUGCUUUGGAAGACCCGAAUGUUAGAAUGAUUGGAGUUUAUGGGUUGAGUGGUGUGGGCAAAACCAGUUUGGUCAAAAGAGUUGCUAAGGAAGCCUUGGAAGCUAAGAUGUUCGAUGUAGUCACCAUGGCAAGCAUAACAAGGAAUGCUGACAUAAGAAAAAUCCAAGGCCAAAUUGCUGACAUACUGGGGAUGAAAUUGGAUGAGGAAAGUGACAUUGCAAGAGCUGCUCGAAUACAAGAGAGAUUAAAGAACGAGAAAGAAAGCACCCUUAUAAUCCUGGAUGAUCUUUGGGCAGAAAUUGACUUCACUAUGCUGGGGAUUCCAUUCGAUGUAGAACCUAGUGCUCUCAAUAUGAUGAAAUCCAAAAAACUCCCCAGUGAUUCCAAUAAGAUGAAAACAGGAGAAACUCUUAGUCAUUACACAGGGUGCAAAGUUUUGAUGAUCUCUGAGAGUAAACAAGUGUUAAAAAGUCAUAUGGAAGGGAAGGAAAACUCUAUUUUCUCUGUGGAAGUCUUAAAGGAAAAGGAAGCAGAGAAGUUGUUCAAGAAAAAGGCUGGAAUAGAUGGUACAAAUUCUUAUUUGGAAAUAUUAGCAGCUCAAAUUACCGAGAAAUGUAAUGGGCUGCCAAUGUCAAUAGUUACAACUGCAAGGGCAUUAAAAAAUCAGAGCCGCUCGGUAUGGGAGAAUAUUAACCGAGAGCUUGAAGGGAAAAGGUUAAUAGGAGCGGCUGAAUUUUCUACAAAGUUGAGUUAUGAUCUUUUAGAAAACGAGGAGCUCAAAUAUAAUUUCUUACUUUGUGCUCGUAUGGGUCAUGAUGCAUUAAUUACGAACUUGGUGAGAUCCUGCAUUGGUUUGGGUUUUCUUCAUGGAAUCUACUCAGUAAAGGAAGCCAAAGAUAGAGUAUAUGCAUUGGUCGGAAAGCUAAAAGAGUCUGGUUUAUUGUCUGAUAGUUAUUCAAAUGAUCAUUUCACCAUGCAAGAUAUUGUUCGCAGUGGGGCUUUGUCAAUAGCAUUUGAGGAGAAGCAUGUAUUUACAAUGACAAAGGGAAAAAUAGAUGAAUGGCCUGAUGAGGAUCAACUUAAAAGGUACGCUGCUAUUUCCUUACAACAUUGUGAUAUCAUUGGCGAGUUUCCUAGAAUGAUGAAUUGCCCCCAACUUAGAUUCUUCCAUGUUGACAAUGGUUAUCCACGUGUGAAGUUACCAGACAACUUUUUCGAAGGAAUGAAAGAACUCAAAGUGUUGAUAUUAACUGGUUUUGAUCUAUCACCCUUACCUUGGACAAUUAGAUACCUUACGAAGCUCAGAAUGCUUUGUUUGGAGGAAUGCACACUAGGUGAGAAACUAGCCUAUAUAGGCGAGUUGAAAAACUUAAGAAUUCUUAGUUUUUCGAGAUCUGAUAUUGAUAAAUUGCCUGCUGAAUUGAAGGAGUUAACAAAGCUUCAAAUUUUUGACAUCAGUAAUUGCUCCAAACUUCAAAAAAUUCCAUCCAAUGUAAUAAACAGUUUGAUUAGUUUAGAAGAGCUGUAUAUUGGAAACACAUUGAUUCAAUGGAACAUUGAAGAACAAACAGAUCAAAGUGAACAUGCUAGUCUUUCUGAGUUAAGGCAUCUGAAUCUGUUGACAACUUUGGAAAUGCAAAUCCCAAAUAUUGAUCAUUUGCCAAACAACUUAUUCUUUGACAAGUUAUAUAGUUACAAGAUUAUUAUUGGAGAUUUGAAGGCAUCUUUAGAGAUAGAUUUCAAGAUGACAGAGAAGUAUGAAACAUCAAGAUUUUUGGCAAUACAGUUAAAUGAUAGCUUUGACAUUCAUUCUCAAGUGGGUAUCAAGAUGUUGUUUGACGGAGUUGAGAAUUUGUUGUUAGAAGACCUAAAUGGAUUUGAAGAUAUGUUUUAUAGUUUGAAUUUGAAAGGAUUUCCAUGUCUAAAACAUUUGUCCAUUGUAAGCAAUUUCGACAUUCAAUCUCUCAUCAACCCAACAGACAGGAAGCAACCUGAGGAGGCUUUUCCUAAAUUGGAGUCAUUGUAUCUCUAUGAUCUCAAGAACUUAUUUGAAAUAUGCUCAUGUAAACUUUCAGCAUUCUCAUUUGGUAAAUUGAAAAUUGUCAAGAUUUAUCAGUGUAGUAAACUAGAGAGUAUCUUCUUCAUUUCUGUGGUUAGACUUCUAAUUGUUCUUGAAACAAUUGAAGUUUCUGGAUGUAACUCUUUGAAGCAGAUUGUCCCUGUGGAAACCCGAAGCGACACUGAGCGACUUGAGUUUCCGGAAUUACGCUCUUUGAUACUACAAUCUUUACCUCAAUUUACUGGAUUCUAUCCUACUCCAUCAACAAGAGGAGAGACUAGAAAACUAUUUCACGAAAAGGUUAUAGUUACCAAAUUAGAGAGAAUGGAGUUGUCAUCAAUGCAAAUUGACAUAAUAUGGAGUGACCAACCAUUACUACGUUCCUGUUUUCAAAAUUUGAUUCACUUGGAUGUGAAUGAAUGUAGGGAUUUAAAAUAUUUAUUAUCAUUUUCAAUGGCCAAGACUCUGGUGAAUCUUCAAAACCUUUCCAUGAGCGAAUGUGAUAACAUGAGGCACAUCUUUCUCCAAAGGCAAGAUAGCCAUGCUGAAAUGAAGGGCAGCAUCUUUCCAAAUUUGAAAAAAAUCAAACUGAGUAGCAUGAAAAGUCUGAGUGAGAUAUGGAAUUCUGAACUCCCUUCAGAUUCCUUUGGCAAUCUGGAUACUCUGAUCAUCGAGAAGUGCGAUAAAUUUGUCAAUGUCUUUCCUUCUUACUUGAAGGGAAUAUUCCGGAGUCUAUGCAACUUGAGUGUUACUAAUUGUAGGUCCAUGAAAGUGAUAUUUGACCUAAAUAAUAAAAAUGGAGAUGCUAGUGAUGUAGCCAACUUGCAAGAUGUUCAUUUAGAAGCGCUCCCAAAAUUGAAGCAUGUAUGGAAAAGGAACGAAGACUGGGAAAUUAUUCUUAACCUGAAAAAGCUGCAAAAGAUAUGGGUUCAUGAUUGUGGCAGCUUAGAAUAUAUAUUUCCAGUUUAUGAAGCCAAGUGUCUUCCCAAUCUUGAAUACCUUGUGGUAUGGGAUUGCUCUGAAUUGAGGGAAAUUGUUGCUGGGGGAAAAGGUACCAACACCGACUCAAGCAAUUCUAAUCCAUCAUUUGAGUUUCCUAAUCUAAUCACCAUCAAAUUUUCGAAGCUGCCAAAACUUGAGAGUUUCUAUCCAGGACCAGAUAAAUUAAGUUGUCCAAAAUUGAACGACUUGUGUGUCGAACUUUGUGACAAGUUGGAACCAUUUAGAAAAGAUACCGCAGAUGAAGAAGGAAAGUUUGUGCUCUUUCCUGAAGAGGUAAUCAAUCAAUUGAAGUGCUUGCAAAUUGAGUCAUGGCAUGUAAAGUUGUCAAGCAGCUACAUGGGGGAAGGGAACUAUCGAAGGAACAAAUUAGAAGAGCUUCGCUUGUCUAAAUUAAAUAAUACUGAGGUUCUAUAUUCUUUCCUUCAUAGCAAUCCUAAUCUGAAAAGCCUAUCAUUGAUUCAUUGUUUCUUUAAAGAGAUGGUUCCUCUCACAAGGCCUCCUGAAAUUCAAAAAAAGGGGGUUGUUCCAAAGCUGAAAAGUUUGAAGUUAAUAGACUUGCCUAAGCUUGAGAAGAUAGGCUUUGAACGAGACAUACUUUUACAAAGGAUAGAAUUCUUGAUUUUAGAAAGCUGUCCUGGUUUGGUCUCCAUUGUGCCUUCCUCGGUAUCUCUCACCCACUUGACAAAUUUGGAAGUGGUUAAUUGUGAUGCAUUAGAAAAUUUAAUGCCACCUUCGACUACAAAAAGCUUGAUUCAUCUCAGAACAAUGAAGAGGUUUUUUGAAGGCAUGGAGGAGAUGAGUCUUUCCGAACUUCCUGAGCUACAACAAACCUGGGAUGACGGAGUUGGUAUAGAAAACAAUUGGUUUUACAGUUUGAAAACUUUGAAGCUGGUCAACUGUGAAAUUCAAUCACCAUACGCAAUUCCGUCACAUGUUCUUCCUUAUUUAAAUAGAUUAAAAGAAUUGGAAGUACGGUAUUGUCACCAAGUAAAGGCAAUUUUUGAUAUGAAUGUCACUGAGAUUAUCGGAACGACAUUCCAGUUGAAGAAAUUGACUUUAGAAAGGCUAUGCGAGCUAACACAUGUUUGGGAAAAUGGUCAAGGAAUUCUCUUAUUCCAAAAUCUGCAACAAGUCUUUGUCAGUGGUUGUCAUAAACUGGAAACUCUCUUUCCCACUGCCCUGGCCAAAAAUCUUAAGAAGCUUGAGAAACUUACAGUACAAUCUUGUGAUAUGUUGGAAGAAGUUGUUGGACAGGAAGAAGCAACAGCAGCAGCACAAGUACCAGAAAUUGCAGUACUAUCUUGUGAUAUGUUGGAACAAUUCGUUCGACAGGAAGAAGCAGCAGCAGCAGCACAAGUACCAGAAAUUACAGUACAAUCUUGUGAUAUGUUGGAAAAAUUUGUUGGACAGGAAGAAGCAGCAGCAGCAGCAGCACAAGUACCAGAAAUUAGAGUACAAUCUUGUGAUAUGUUGGAAAAAUUUGUUGGACAGGAAGAAGCAGCAGUAGCAGCACAAGUACCAGAAAUAACAGUAAAAUCUUGUGAUAUGUUGGAACAAUUUGUUGGACAGGAAGAAGCAGCAGCAGCAACACAAGUACCAGAAAUUACAGUACAAUCUUGUGAUAUGUUGGAAGAAUUUGUUGGACAGGAAGAAGCAGCAGCAGCACAAGUACCAGAAAUUACAAUACAAUCUUGUGAUAUGUUGGAAAAUUUUGUUGGACAGGAAGAAGCAGCACAAGUACCAGAAAUUAUAGCACAAGUAACAGAAAAGUUUGUCUUCCCUCGUCUAACCUUGCUGGAUCUUUCUGAUUUGCCACGUCUCCAUCACUUUUGCCCCGAAACAAUCCCUCUGGAAUGCCCCGCGUUAAAUUAUUUAUCUGUGUUGAAUUGCGAGUUGGAUCUAUUUCAAAGUGCACAUCAAUGGACGAUUUCCAAUCUGGAGGAAUUGGCGCUCGAUGGGAAACAUAAGUCAAGGUUAUCAGAGUCUCCCGAAGAACUCACAUAUUUAAAUAAACUUAUGUUGUCUUUUGAUGGGGAUGAGAAUGAGAAGCCUACUUUGCCAUUUGAAAUCCUGGAGAAGGCACCCAAUUUAGAAGAUAUGAGAAUAUGCUUGGUCUCAGGAAGGCCCGAAUUUUUUGAACCAGGGAUGCCUAGAAACUUGAAAAUGUUGACACUGCAUGGAGUUCAUGAGCUUAAGUCCAUCGGGUCACGGGACUCAUCAUGGUUAAACACACUCUGCCGAAAGCUCCACAAGUUAUAUGUUUAUGAGUGUCCUGAGUUGACAACAUUAGUACAUUCUCCUUCUGAUGUAUCUUUCUCCUAUCUAAAGGAAUUGAUUAUAUGUGGAUGUCCUCAAUUGGAGUAUUUGUUCACAUCCGCAGCAACAGAAAAGUUAACAAACCUUGAGAAGAUUGACGUCAUGGAAUGUGAAUCAAUGAAAGAAAUAGCUAUGACACUUUGCAAUUACCCUCUUUGA